UGAUCAAACACGAAACAGUAAUCAUCAGAAUGUUCUCUAAACUAGUAGCUCUGUGCGCUGUAGUGGCGGUGUCCUCGGCCGGACUCCUGCCUGCUCCUGCACACUACUCUUCUGCGGCCGCCGUCUCCUCUCAGAACAUCGUACGUCACGACGAGCAAGCUACCCCUGUUGCCAAGCUGGCCUACGCAGCUCCCGUCGCCUAUCAUGCUGCCCCCGCCGCCGUCACCUACCAUGCAGCCCCCGCUCCCAUCGCCUACCAUGCCGCACCCGCUUCCGUCGCCUACCACGCAACUCCCGUCGCUAAAGUUAUUGCCCAGCCUGAGGAAAUCGCUUACCCCAAAUACGAGUACAAUUACUCCGUCGCUGAUGGUCACACCGGUGACAACAAGCAACAACAAGAAGUUCGUGAUGGUGAUGUCGUGAAGGGAUCAUACUCCUUCCAUGAAGCCGAUGGCUCUAUCAGAACCGUUGAGUACACCGCUGACGACCACAACGGUUUCAACGCCGUAGUACACAACAGCGCCCCCACCGCCGCCCCCGCUUACGUUAAGGCUGCUCCCGUCGUAGUCAAGACCCCCGUCUACGCCGCCCCAGCCCUCCAAUACUACCACCAUUAAGCAAAAAAACAUGCUUUGAUUGUUGACUGUUUAUUUAUUGUAAUAUAAAAUUAUUAUUGAAUUUAAA